CCCGGCGGCCGAGCGUGAGGCGGGGCCCGCGCGGCAGGAGGACGCGGCGCCGAGGCGGUUUUGCAUGCGCUGGAGGCCAGACCGGAGCCCUUCGGAGCUAAGACCCAGGUGCUGGGCGCACCGGCAGCACUAAGGCGGGAAGAUGAGUGAGCUGGACCAGCUCCGCCAGGAGGCCGAGCAGCUGAAGAACCAGAUCCGCGAUGCGAGGAAGGCCUGCGCGGAUGCCACGCUCUCCCAGAUCACCAACAGCGUUGACCCGGUGGGGAGGAUCCAGAUGCGCACCCGGAGGACGCUGCGGGGGCACCUGGCCAAGAUCUACGCCAUGCACUGGGGCACCGACUCCAGGCUUCUGGUCAGCGCCUCCCAGGAUGGCAAGCUGAUCAUCUGGGACAGCUACACCACCAACAAGGUGCACGCCAUCCCGCUGCGCUCGUCCUGGGUCAUGACCUGCGCGUACGCCCCCUCGGGGAACUACGUGGCCUGCGGCGGCCUGGACAACAUCUGCUCCAUCUACAACCUGAAGACCCGCGAAGGCAAUGUGCGUGUGAGCCGCGAGCUAGCUGGGCACACAGGCUACCUGUCUUGCUGCCGCUUCCUAGACGACAACCAGAUUGUCACCAGCUCGGGAGACACCACCUGUGCCCUGUGGGACAUCGAGACUGGCCAGCAGACCACCACCUUCACUGGACACACUGGGGACGUGAUGAGCCUCUCUCUCGCCCCGGACACCAGACUGUUUGUCUCCGGUGCGUGCGACGCCUCUGCCAAACUGUGGGACGUGCGAGAAGGGAUGUGCCGGCAGACCUUCACCGGCCACGAGUCGGACAUCAACGCCAUCUGCUUCUUCCCCAACGGCAACGCGUUCGCCACUGGCUCGGACGACGCCACCUGCAGGCUGUUCGACCUCCGCGCCGACCAGGAGCUCAUGACCUACUCCCACGACAACAUCAUCUGCGGCAUCACCUCCGUCUCCUUCUCCAAGAGCGGCCGCCUCCUCCUCGCCGGGUACGACGACUUCAACUGCAACGUGUGGGACGCGCUCAAGGCCGACAGGGCAGGUGUGUUGGCCGGACACGACAACCGCGUCAGCUGCCUGGGGGUGACCGACGACGGGAUGGCCGUGGCCACGGGGUCCUGGGACAGCUUCCUCAAGAUCUGGAACUAGGCGGGCAGGUAGACGCCGCGGUGAGCGCAAGAGCGAUCGCCUUUGCAAGCACCCCACUAACGCGGAUGCCCUGCCUCUCCCCUCAGAACUCCAGCGGGGCAGCCUCUCUCCUCCACUCACUGCUGACACCAAGAGCACAAUCCGGCGCGAGAGGACGGCGAAAGGCCGCGGGUUGUGCGCUCCUCCCGGGACCACCGUCUUUCCUCCUCUGUCUUGACUAUAACGAAGCAAGUACCAUAAUAAAAAAUGUUCACGAGGUGCCCGAGUGUAAUUGUGAGACGGGGGCCUCCCGCCGGCCG